CCAGUACCCUGAGUGUUUCUACUUCUUCUUCUUCUUUUUCCUCCUAUUUUCUUGACCACAUUGCACAAUUGAUAUUUCAUUUUGACCCCCGCCUGGCUUGUUGAGCUUUUGUUUGCUGCCACCCCACUCUCCUUCCGCGUCAACCAAACAAUCAAAUCUCCCAUCAAACACCACUUCACACGCUUCAACGGCUCUUGAACAGCAUGUCUUUAUACGGAUUUGUCAUUGACAAAGGACGCUUUCUGGUCGAGCCUGGCCACAUGGAGAGGAUCGAAGCGCGGACACUGCGCAGAAUGUUCCUGCCGAAGCUCACACGCGAAGGAGCGAAGGCAUUAUCAGAGAACCGUCAUUUCGCGCGUUGUCAGCUAAUGCACUAUGGAGUACAAUUUGAAGAGAGUGAAUUCUCAGGCAAUGGAGUCACGCUCCUGGAAAAAACCUUCAAGCUGGGAAUUGCGACUACGUCCCUAUGCAUAUCCUCCAUUUACAACAGAAAAUGUACCCAAAAUUCCUCGACAAGUGCGACCCAAAAGAGCUCGCCGACAAUCCAGACUGGGCCAUGGAUAAUUACUUCUUGUCCUCUGGUAUCCCUGAUCCUACGAAAACCACAUCUGUCGUCGGAAUAGUCGUGUAUCGUAUGUCUGAUUUUGUUUUUGAGGAUGUCGCUCAGAUUGAAAGUGGGCGGAAAAUGAUCGAGGCCGUCACCAAGAUUCCGGGAUUGCACCAAAAGCGGGCCAACGGAUGCCAGACUAACACCAUAUUCAUGGGUUGGGAUGCAGCAGCAGUGGAAAAGGCAGCCAGCGAAGACGCAGCCAAUGAGGAGAAGUCUUUCUGGGAUUUUGGCGACGACGGCAGAGAAGAGCACGCUCGCAAGCGCGAGCGCGAGCGAGAGCAGAUGCAUCAGGACUACCUCGACACACUCGCCCAGAAAAAGGGCAAAAGCAAGGAUGCCAAGGAUGUGACAGAAUACUCGCCUGUGGGCAGCUAUAUCGUCGAAAGUGAAUACCUUGCGAAGAAUUUCCAAGUAUGUGCAGACAAUCUCCGCAUUGACAUCCACAAAACCGAUACGCCCGGAGUGUUCCAAGCAAAUUUUGAAUUCGAGGUCUUCGAAGGCAUCAUGAUGAUCUGCUUGCAGCCAGAUGUCCUUGAGGAGUAUUGCCUCGAAGCUGACCGUCAGGCUGAAUUCUCGGAGGACUCUGAGUAUGAAGAGGAUGAGGAAUCCGAAUCAAAGGGAAGAACUCUCGCGUCAGGCUCCAAGAGAAAAGCAUCGGGGGUUCGAGGAUCUCAAGAGAUGAAGAGAUCCAAGAAGCACCAGCCAGGGUCAGCCCAGUCGCUCAAGUACCGACUGAAGAUAAGAUGUCGGGAGACCGGCGAGAAUGAGAUCCAGUCCGAGACCAGGGAUGACACUCUGCAAUUUGCUGAUCAAAGACUAGCCAGCUUCGUGGGAGAACCUGGUCUACCUUCCUGGGGCCAAAGAUUUUCAUUUUCUGCACGCAAAAUCUCCGAUGUCCCAGCUCCGUCGGAAAAGAAAUGGGCUUACUACUCGGAGAGAAGACAUGAAUAUGAAUGGGCUAGAAGAUGGUGCUAAGAAGCCUUCCGCAGAGAGAUGUACGAGCUUGAGGAUAUUCUGGCCGUCUUAGCUAGAAGCUAGAAAAGAGACUGGAGAAAAUAAAGUCUAAUUGGUAAUAUGAACCGGCG